UACUCUUAUAAAAUAAUAAUUUGGAAAUUGUUACGUGUACCUUCAAUAGCUAUUUAAUUGCCUUGUGAUUAAAUUCCAUAAAUUUAACAUUAUGGAUUUGAUAAACAACUUAUCUUUAACGACACUUAGUACAAAGGUUCUCCCCCUCUCACAAAUCGCACAAGUUCUGCAAGACGGAAUGGCAAAAAAGUUCCGCGAGGUGAAAGUCGACAUAGCUGCCUGCCCUUGUUUAACCAGACAACCAUACAAUCUUGCAGGAGUAGGAUUAAGCGGCAACCCAUCGUUGUUGGAAAUCGGUGGUCACGCAAACUUUGUGUCGAACUAUGACUAUGACACUCCAACCUGGAAAGUUCAAAAUAUGCUAGCAUCUGGCUUCUUCGAUUCCUUUAUUUUUGGAAGUGGUUAUGCUGCAAAGCCAAACAUGCCUUAUAAUGGACAUCUCAUUAUAAACGCGACGUAUAGAGCACCAUCGAAUUUCACGAACGCGAGUCGCAUCGUUUUCGCAGAAGCAAGUAACGGACAGAAAAGAAUAGAAAUGUUAACAGACCCUAAUCAAAUGCUGUGCUCCUACAUGGGCAGUUUUUUUAUUAGCGACGGCAGGCCAGGCCUGGUUCUUAGAGUGCGCGCCAAGGAUCGAAUAUCGACCGAUUUAGAUAUCAUAACAAUAAUGCAAAACAGUCUCUACGAACAUUUCGGUGUAAAUGAGAAACACCCUAUUGUCUUAGGUGGUGUUCUUAGAAUGUGGAAUGGACGAGCAGUGUAUAGCCUUAUGUCGGAAGAAUAUCCGCAAAGGAAUAACCAAAUUCAUGAAUUCAGUGACUUCAAUAACAAGUGGUUUCAAUAUCAUGAGAUGAAGCUGAAAACAGAAGUGGCAGCGGUUGGCAUAUUAACUAACAGAAAACCAGAUUUAAUGUACACGGAACAACGUUACAGUCUUCCUUUGUGGAAGAGACGUAAUCAGUUCCAUUUUAUCUCCGAUUAUGCAGCAAGCGGGGAGUUUAUUGGCGACACUACUCCUGAUGAAACGGAAUAUGAAGGUUACUUUAAUUUAGCGAAAAAAUAUAUCAUCGCAGAUAUUGUCCCUUGAAGCCUUUUUAUUCUUAAUAUAAAACUGAUUUAUUAUGUGCUUUCAUAUG